UUUCAAGUUGAAUUCGAAGCAUCGCAAUCAAGCCAAGAUGUCUCAUUUUGACAACCAGUCUCCGCGGAGCAAGAGGCGGAAGUUGGAUACCCCCCAGGGGCCCGACAGCGGCGCCUUCAUUACGUCGCAUACGCAACUGCGCACCCUUCUGGUUUUUUCGCAGAACGUCGCGGAGUCCAAGCAAGGUCUUAAAAAAUUCAAGGAAUUUCUCAGUGAGAUUGGUGCCACGGAAGAUGAAGACGAAAAGGCCAAAAAAUUCCGCGUGCUCAAAGGCUACUGCGAUUCGCAGAUCUCCAACUAUGCUGAGGACCCCAUCUGCUUCCCGGAUCUGAUCCAGACCUGGAGCUUUGCGGACACCAGCAACAACGAGGGUCUCUUGACGACUGUUCCCUCUGUUUUGGCGCUCUUCCUCAGGUCUAUCUCCAGCCGAUUGGAAUUUAGAGAGUUCGGCUUGGCGUUGUGCAAGCAUCUGCUGCACAAGGACCAGCUUCGACUGUUUAACCGUGGGCUCACGGCUACGAAGUCGAAGGAGCAUCUGAUUUCCCCGUGUCUGCGUCUUCUCACUGAGAUUGUCAGCUUCGAUGGCGGCGCUGUGGCGCGCUUGGUUUACUCUUCGCGGCACAUCACUUUCAAGCGGAUUGAGGUUUUCUUGACGCCGAACAAAGCCCAGCUGGAAGAGAAUGAUGAUGACAGCCGAAAGUCUACGCUGCGGCGCAAUGCUCAACGCUACGUGCUUGCGAAUUUGAGGUUCCAGCAUGCGAGCGCCAAGGCCGACAUCAUUGAACAGACCAAGGUGAUCAGAGCGUUCCUCGAAUUUGUCCGGAAGGACCCCCGGGAUAUUGUGCGAGAUAUCAUCGCCAUGAUUGAAAGAGACAUCGUUCAAGACUCGUCGCUGUCUCGUAACACGAGGACGCGGUUCUUCAACCGAUGGAAUAUGGAGCGCCUUGUGACGCUUUACGGUUAUGACCGGGAAUCCGAGGACCCAAAUCCGACCGGUAUCUCCAUCGUAAAUGAGGUGCACAAAUUGCUUAUGAAUAUCUGCAAGGACUCGAGUCUCGGCGUCUUGCUCCCCGAGACUGGCUGGUAUCCGAAUACCAGUGACCCCGAGACUCUGCCGACGGAGGACGAUACAUCGAUCGAGCUGGGGCUCGACUCGGCGGUCUAUGUCGAUAGGUAUAGGGACAAUGUACCUGUGCGCAACGGUAUUUUGUCACACGUCGCCCAAGUCCUACGUCCAGAUACCGAUAGUCUUCAGAUCGAGCUCCUCGUUACCAUCUUCAAGGCGGCACCGGAGCUUGUGGCGGACUUUUUCUCGAAGAAGGUCAUGUUCGUUUCUGACCCGAAGCCGACACCCUCCUGGCUGGCGGAGUCCGCCCUGCUCUUCUCGACCGUCAGCUUGCCCGUUCCGAGUAACUGUGGGUGGAAGGAGAAGAUCCCCGCCAUGCCUCCUCCGGUGUCAGUGGUCAUCGAGAGCAUCCUGCCCCGCCCACUCACGCAGAAGACUUUGACUCGCUGUCUGAACCUGAAUACCGAGAUUAUCACUCUGUUUGCGGUCAGGAUCCUGACUAUUGCAUUCAAGAAGUUGCGCAAAGUCUUGGAUAUCUUCAAUGCCGACCACGGGAUCAGUCAAGCGUUUUGGACGCAGGCCGCGAACAAGUUGCUUGUAGAGUUUUCUCUUCGGUGCCCGGCUGUCAAGGACGUUGCUACGCUGUAUAAGCGCACGGCGAAGGAGGACCUGCAGCAGCAGGAGGCCGUUGCGGAAUUGCUCUGUUGCUUCUACGAAGUUGUGCCUGACUCCGCUUUUGAAGAAGGGUUCGAUGCUUCGCUUUUUUUGGUUGAUAUUUUGAAACGCCUUGACGAGCCUAAGCUGUCAGAAGACGAUUCUGAAAUGCUGCUCGGUCAGUUGCAGAGUAUCCUCAAGAUCGCCCAACAGUCUGCGUCGAUGCGUUGGUGGCAGUCUCCUGCAUCCAUUCAAUACUCCGCCUUCACGUCUAUUCUCAAAGUACUAGCCGAGGCUGCCUCGAGGGACUCUUUGAAAGAUAUUGACGCUCUUCUCCGUUCUGUUCUCGUGGAGAAUUCGGUCCUGCAGGCCUCUUCUUCUUUCCCCGCGAUCUUGACUAGCUUCGAGACCUCUAAUACCGAGACCUUGCAACACCAGAUCGCGUUCUUUGACAACUGCGCUUGCCGGGUGGCCAAGAAGCCCGUUCACUACCAGGAUUUACUGGGGGGUUUGCAUCAGGAUGCAUCGAAACCCGUUAGUCCUCUUGUGUCGGCUAUCACCGAGCAGUGGCCUUUUGUUGUCAAAGCGGGAAAUGCGAAGAUGGAGUCUGCAGUGAGUGCGUGGGUCGCUCGAGUACUUGGGAAGCUGAGACAGGUGGGAGAGGAUGCGAAGGUGUUGAAAGCCGCUCGGGACAACUUGGUUGAUGCCACCCAGGAUAAGAAGGUCAAGUCUGCUCUCAAGAAGGCAUUGAAGGGGACUGAGGAAGAUGUCGAUGAUGCGAAGAGUGUACCUGCAACUGCCCAGCCCGCUUCCACUUCGAACCAGGCCCCGCGGGUAGAUCUCGAGGAGGUCUUCGGCGCCUUGCCCACGGAAGGGAAGACGCACAAUGAGUUACAAAAGUGGGAUAGAGAGGAUCUCGAAGACUCUAUCGAGCAAGGUCGCGUCGGCGAGUUGAUGCUGUGUCUCUGCUCUGAAUAUGAAGAGAUCAGACGACAGGCUCUUGCCAAUGUUUCGCGGUUCAUGACCAAGCUCAGGGAAUCCAAGUAUAACGAGUGGAGAUCGGCCUUCCUCCUCAGCGGUGAGUUGGUUGAAACCGUGAAGCAACUCGGACUGGAGUCGCCCGUGCCCUGGAUUGUGGGUGCGUGUGCCGCCCGCUGUUUGGCGGUUCUCGCGGAUCCCAUGCACAAGCUUUACGGCAAGGUCAACCAGUUUCUCCAGAAAGCUCCGAUAUGGGAGCCGGAGAAGAUCCCCUCGUACUGGAUCGACCGGAUCUUGCUCCACGAGCCGGAAUUGGACGACGGCUAUUUCGAAGAGACGAACUGGCUGUUGGACCUUUUGUUGAAGGGUCUUCGCACUGAAGCGGACAUGGAGAUCUACCGUCGCGCGAACGUCUUCGAGCGCAUCCUGGCGUUCUACGAGUCACCCGGCACCGGGUUCGCCGCCCGACGAAAGAUCCUGCACAUCAUCUACCGGGCGACCCAGGUGGGCGGCAGCACGACCUUGAUCACCCGCGCUGGCAUCAUCGGCUGGGUCCAGGGUCAGAUCCUGACCGGUCCUGCGAAGGAGACGCCGACUUUCAAGGCGAUGGCCGACUCCUUGCAUCCCACCUCGGGCGAAGAUCGGGUUGCGAAAUGGAGUGGUGGAUCUGCGGUGCAGGUGGUUGAGAACCUUGUUGGCUAGGGAUUUCGAUUACCGAGUGUGAUUCUUUCAGCGGGUGAUCUUGGAGGGCUUUGAUGUACUUGUGUUUGGGGGGUGUGCUCUGUGUGGCGCGGUUGUUGUAGAUAGGGAAGCUUGGUCAAUAGAGUCCCUCUUUGUUUCUUCCACAAUUCAAUACAA